AUGGCUAAUAGGCUUGCUCUUCGAGUGGUCUAUGACCCAGCUAAGGAGAAACAGUUGACUCCCACUGUCGAUCUUGUUCUUGUCCACGGCCUCGACGGCGACGCCACCGGAUCUUGGACAUGGAGGGACGAAGGCUCCAAGGUCUUUUGGCCUGGGGAACUCCUCCCUGAGGAACGGCCACGCACCCGCGUCCUCUCCUUCAGCUACAAUGCCAAGUCCUUCCACAACAACACCGACGCCACCAUCCGCGACAACGCGCGUUCCUUGCUCGCACUCCUCAAUGUCCGCCGGAUCGAAGUCAUCGACCCAGCUAGCCGCCCUCUCAUCUUCGUCGGCCACUGCCUCGGCGGGCUGGUCAUCAAGCAAGCCAUGUGCUUCGCCAACAGCGAAAGCGAGUACCGGUCCAUCGCGCUCGCCACCAAAGGGAUCAUCUUCUUUGGCACCCCCCACGGCGGCGCCGACAAGGCCAGCUGGAAGCUGGUGGCGUCGGGCUACUCGCUCCUCGGGGGCGGGCCGGCAUCGGCGCUCGUGGACGCCAUCACGCGUGCGUCGGACGACUUGGAGGAGAUCAAGGAGGAUUUUGUGCAGCUUUCGCCGCUGUACCCCAUUACCAGCUUCUAUGAGGAGGGGUACUGGGGCAACACGGGCAAGUGCAUUGUCAGCCCGACAAGCGCGAGGAUGAUGAUCGAGAAUGAGUGUGCUGUGGGCGUGGACGCCGACCAUCGUGCCAUAUGCCAGUUUGAGGGCGCCGAGAGUUAUGCUUUUGAGGUGUUGUGUGAGAGGAUUGGGAAGGCUGUUGGGCCUGAUAUUGAGGAGACGACGAAAGACAGCGGCAGAAGAACGGCCAAAGGAAUGGUUGGGAGCGCGGCUGAGAACGAACCGGCUGCAGCAGCGAGGCUGGAGUCUUGGACCGUUUUGCCGUGCUCAGCUGAUCCGGGUCGGGACAUGGAGAUGUCUGAGAGUGAUAUGGGUGGAUAUGCCCAAAGAAGAAGAGUCAUGAUGAUUGACUAUGAGCCAGUCAGAGGAGAAGAUGGGGUACACGACAUCUUCCGGGACGAAUUCAACACUACCAAUGCCGCUGAUCCCAAUUAUUCACCGCUGUACCGGGAUGAUUUUGUUGGGGGGCGCAGGAGAUGGUUUUUUAAGCGGGUGAACAAACUUUGGAGUUAA